UGUGCGUAGGUAUUGUGUGUGUGCGCUCAUGCGCAACAACUGCUUGCAGCAAAGGCGCUUAAAUUUAGUCACGUUUGCCUUUUGAAUCAUUGAGAACUCUUUCGAGUGCUACAAUUAUUGCCAGCUGAACGCACCUAGCUGCAAUUUGACAAGUCUUAGCCAUGGCUGUUAAGUGCGUCCCAUUGGCGCUGUCACUUCUCCUGCUGGUCCUGGGCCUAGCUGAUGCCUUCGAUCACACACUGAAACUGGACUUUCCGGGUCCUUAUUGCGCAAGACAGAACACAUGCUGCAAGAAUCGGCGCGACGGCUGCUCGCUGCCCAUAUCCACCACGCUGUGCUACUGUGAUGAGUUCUGUGAUCGCGAUGACUCCGGCGAUUGCUGCCCGGAUUAUCGCUCCUUCUGCUUCAAUGAACCGGAUCCGGUGCUCAGCUGCCUGCACAACGGCGUCUACUUCCACAAGUACAACAACACGUGGGACAACUGCAAUGAGUGCCGUUGCCUAGACGGCGGUCGGGUGCAGUGCGACACGGAUCUGUGUCUGACGGACGACGAGCUCAUCAACAGUGUCAACUCGAUCCAUCAGCUGGGCUGGUCGGCGCGCAAAUACGACGAAUGGUGGAGCCACAAGUACAGCGAGGGUCUGCGCCUGCGUCUGGGCACCAAGGAGCCCACCUAUCGUGUCAAGGCGAUGACACGCCUCUCGAAUCCGUCAUCGGGCCUGCCACGUAGAUUCAAUGCCGUCGAGAAGUGGUCCAGCUACAUUUCCGAGGUGCCCGAUCAGGGCUGGUGCGGUGCCUCCUGGGUGCUGUCCACCACUUCGGUGGCCUCCGAUCGCUUUGCCAUUCAAAGCCAGGGCAAGGAGGUGGUCCAGCUGUCGCCCCAAAACAUACUCUCCUGCACACGCCGGCAGCAGGGCUGCGAGGGCGGCCAUCUCGAUGCCGCCUGGCGCUAUCUGCACAAGAAGGGCGUUGUCGACGAGACCUGCUAUCCAUACACACAGCGCAGAGACAGCUGCAAGAUACGCCACAACAGCCGCUCGCUGAGGGCCAACGGAUGCCGGCCGGCGUAUGGCGUCAAUCGGGACAGCUUCUACACAGUGGGCCCGGCAUACAGUCUGAAGGGCGAGACAGACAUCAUGGCAGAGAUCUACCAUUCGGGACCCGUGCAGGCCACCAUGCGCGUCUACAGAGACUUCUUCUCCUAUUCGGGCGGCGUCUACCGUCAGACGGCCGCCAAUCGCGGUGCACCGACUGGCUUCCACUCGGUCAAAAUUGUCGGCUGGGGCGAGGAGCACGAUGGAGUCAAGUACUGGAUUGCGGCCAACUCGUGGGGUCCUUGGUGGGGCGAGCGUGGCUACUUCCGCAUAUUGCGCGGCUCCAAUGAGUGCGGCAUCGAGGAGUACGUGCUGGCCUCGUGGCCCAACGUGUACAACUACUACAACGCGAAGGCGGCGGUGUAAAUGGAGCCGAGCCAAGUCGAGUUGAAAAGUUCUCGAAAUCUCGAGCUAAAACGCAGUGACGAACAAUUUAUCUCAUGUUUCAAAAUUUUCCAUUUGCUACGACACUGAAAGUGAAUUAGGCGCUUCUCUAAUUGUAAAUUUAUGUUAGAACUUAGGUACUAAAAUGAUUAGCUUUAAGUCGCGCUAAGUCGACACCACUUUGAUAACUGCCCCCCAAAGCCCAGCUCCAUCUCCAGCUCUCCAACGAAAUAGUAACUCUUGAACUUGUUGUUUUAGCUAACCAAUAGCGACUAAUUUAUCGAACUCGAAGUAACAGAAAAACUGCCACAUUAACCAUCAUCCUGCCCAGCCCCACACCUCUGACACCUAAUACUGCCACAACGAGUAGCAAGCGAGCAAGUAGGUCGCUUGGCCCAUCAAUCAGGUUCUCUUUUUUCUUAGCGAGUGAUCAAUGUGAGAGUAUGAGAGAUGUAAAGAAAGGUAUUCGAACGCGUAGGAACGAGUAGGACCGAGUGGAGGGUUUGUGUACGAGUAUGUCGAAUGUUUGCAUACUUAUCCACUCAUGUAUUGUAGAUGAAAGCUAAGUUAAACUGAUAUAUAGACCGAUCGCAUCUGUUCGGCUUUAAAUUGUAUAUGUAUGUAUGUAUAUUUUUAAUAAAGGAAUUGUAUUUCAUGUUCACGCUA